AUGGACCUGCUGAAAAUCAGAUUGUUUUGUGUAAUUUUGUGGUUCAGGAUCCCAACAGCAUAUGUUCAAACACAUGAAGUGUGUCCCGGUACCCAGAACGGUCUGAGCUCCACCGGCUCUCAGGAGAAUCAGUACAAUCUGAUUAGGGAGCGGUACGAUGGCUGUGAGAUCAUCAUGGGAAACCUGGAGAUCACUCAGAUUGAGAGUAACUGGGACUUCUCCUUCCUCAAGACAAUCAGAGAGGUGACUGGUUACGUCCUCAUCGCGAUGAACCACUUCCAGGAGAUUCCUUUGGGACAACUACAGGUCAUCAGAGGAAACAGUCUGUACGAGCGACGCUUUGCACUCUCAGUUUUCUUCAAUUACCCCAAGGAUGGCUCCAAUGGCCUUCGGCAGCUGGGGCUCGCAAAUCUGACAGAGAUACUGGAUGGAGGAGUGCAGAUUAUUAACAACAAAUACCUGAGUUAUGGCCCGUGGAUCUUCUGGCAGGAUAUCGUCCGAGACAACAGCGCUCCGAUUGACAUCCAGCAGAACGGGGAGAGAGGCCCAUGCCAUCAGUCCUGUGGAGAUUAUUGCUGGGGGCCAAGUAAGAACCAAUGUCAAAUCUUGACUAAGAUGGUGUGCGCUCCACAGUGUAAUGGACGCUGCUUUGGGACGAGCCCCAAGGACUGCUGUCACACCGAGUGUGCAGCAGGAUGCAGGGGCCCCCUGGAUGUGGACUGUUUUGCAUGUCGUCAUUUCAAUGACUCCGGAGCCUGUGUCCCCCAGUGUCCCCAAACACUCAUCUAUAACAAGCAGACAUUUCAAAUGGAGACCAACCCAAAUGCCAAGUACCAGUAUGGCUCUAUUUGUGUUUCUCAGUGUCCCACUCAUUUCGUGGUGGAUGGCAGCUCCUGUGUGAGCGUGUGUCCUCUGGACAAGACGGAGGUGGAACGAGAAGGACAGAGGCAGUGUGAGCUCUGCAGUGGACUCUGCCCAAAAGUGUGUGAAGGAACUGGUGCAGAACACAGACAGACCGUGGACUCCAGCAACAUCGACAGCUUCAUCAACUGUACCAAGAUCCAGGGCAGCCUUCACUUCCUGGUCACAGGGAUUCUUGGAGAUGACUUCAAAAAAAUCCCACCCCUCGAUGCCAAAAAGUUAGAAGUGUUUCGCACCGUCAGGGAAAUAACAGACAUUCUAAACAUCCAGUCAUGGCCUAAAGAGCUAAACGACUUGUCUGUUUUCUCAAGCCUCACUACGAUUCAAGGAAGGUCUCUUUACAAGCGCUUCUCUCUGAUGGUGAUGCACAUCCCCGCUCUUACUUCACUCGGGCUGCGAUCUCUCCGGGAAAUCAGCGACGGCAGCGUGUACAUCAGUCAGAAUGCCAACCUUUGUUACCACCACACUGUAAACUGGACGCAGCUGUUCAGAGGCAGCAGAGCUCAGGUCAACAACCUCAGCAACAACAAGCUGUUUGUGGCGUGCGUUGCAGAGGGACGUGUCUGUGAUCUGUUGUGCUCCGAAUCAGGUUGUUGGGGCCCUGGACCCGACCAGUGUCUUUCCUGCAGGAACUACAGCCGUGACGGCACGUGUGUGGACAGCUGCAAUUUUGUUUCCGGAACUCCGAGGGAAUUUGCGAGUUCUGAUGGAGAGUGUGUUGCUUGUCAUCCAGAAUGCAAAUUUCAGAGGAGGAAAGUCAGCUGCACAGGAUCGGGGGCAGAUGAGUGUAUAGCCUGUGCCAAUCUUCAAGAUGGCCCUUACUGCAUGUCCUCUUGUCCCAGUGGAGUAAAUGAUGGACAGAAAGGGCUGAUUUUCAAAUAUCCCAACAAGGAGGGUCACUGUGAACCAUGUCACCACAACUGCACCCAGGGAUGCUUCGGCCCAGGAUUAAAUGACUGUUUGGAGGCAGCCAGGCUGGCAGUUAGUAGCGGGCAGAUCACCUGUAUUGCUUUAGGGGUCCCGGCCGCCCUGAUUUUCUGCCUGGCAUUGUUUUUCCUGGGAGUGUUGUACCACAGAGGCCUCGCCAUACGCCGCAAGAGAGCCAUGAGGAGAUAUUUGGAAAGUGGAGAGAGCUUUGAGCCUCUGGGUCCUGGAGAAAAAGGCACCAAAGUUCAUGCUCGUAUUCUGAAGCCUUCAGACCUGAAAAAGAUCAAACUCCUUGGCUUUGGUGUUUUUGGUACAGUGCACAAGGGCUUUUGGACUCCAGAGGGUGAGACAGUGAAAAUCCCUGUGGCCAUUAAGACCAUCCAGGACAGCUCAGGCCGACAGACUUUCACUGAGAUCACUGAUCAUAUGUUGGCCUUGGGCAGCAUGGACCAUCCGUACAUUGUUAGGUUGCUGGGAAUCUGUCCCGGUGCCAGUCUGCAGCUGGUGACUCAGCUCAGUUCUUAUGGUUCCUUACUAGAGCAUAUCAUACAGCACAAGAACAACCUCGACCCCCAGCGCCUCCUUAAUUGGUGUGUGCAGAUUGCUAAGGGUAUGUUCUAUCUGGAGGAACACUGCAUAGUCCACAGGAAUCUGGCUGCCCGUAACGUUUUGCUGAAGAACAACUAUCAGGUCCAGAUCUCAGACUAUGGGGUGGCUGAUCUCCUUUACCCAGAUGACAAGAAAUAUGUUUACACAGACACAAAGACACCUAUAAAAUGGAUGGCACUAGAAAGCAUCUUGUUCAGAAGAUAUAGCCAUCAAAGUGAUGUUUGGAGUUAUGGGGUGACAGUGUGGGAGAUGAUGUCAUUCGGGGCAGAGCCGUAUGUGUCUGUGCAGCCUCAGGAUGUGCCGAGUGUCCUGGAGAAGGGUGAACGUCUAUCACAGCCCCACAUCUGUACCAUUGAUGUUUACAUGGUCAUGGUUAAAUGCUGGAUGAUUGAUGAAAACAUAAGGCCAACUUUCAAAGAGCUGGCCAGUGACUUUACUCGGAUGGCAAGAGACCCACUGAGAUACCUUGUUAUCAAGCAGGAAGGAGACGAUGUUGUACCUGGUGAAAUUCAUCGUAGAGAAUCUGAACGAGGACUUCUGGAUCCAGAUUUGGAGGACCCAGAUGAGGUGGGGCUGGAUGAUGGUUUGGCUACACCUCCUCUUCAGCACUCUCCAUCGUGGAGUCUGUCACAUUCACGCAUUAAUUCCUACAGGAGUGGUACCUCUCUGACUGGGCCGGCUGGAUACCUGACAAUGACUCCAAGUCCUGUAGAUAGCAUCCGCCAGCUGUGGUUUCGCAGGUCUCGUCUGAGCUCAGUCCGGAUGCUGCCUGAGAGAUCAGAGUUCAGAGGGAGUGGCGAGGAAGCAGAAAUACACGAGGAAGGCUUACGGAUUGGAAGCCUUCACCGGACCAGGCUUGGCUCAGUGAAAAGUCAUUCCCAUGUGACCAUCAGCCGAGACAGGAAGCUCUCCACAGCCUCAAGUCCAUCCUCCUACAAGGUGUGGACAUCAGAGGAAGAAGAGGAGUUGGAUCACUAUGGCUACAUUCUGCCUGGGUCACCUGGGUCACCAGAAAGAGCCUCCAGAAUAGCUCAUUCAGGCAAAAGGAGUUCAAGUCUGAAGAAUAGUCUUGGUGUUGUGCUGUCGAACUCCUCUCAGGAAUAUGAAACUAUGAGCACAGAGUCUAGUGUUCCUCCUUGCUCCACCAGCAGCAACACACUGCAGGGAGACGACACAUCAACGGCAUUUUGUCAUAAAGUCAAAGUUCCACCUUCUUCAACCCUCAUGGAUUUGUCACACACAGAAACACCCCAAGCAGAGAACCCAAGCUCUGCUGUCAGGAGGAAUCACAAGGCUUGUGAAGGAGCUGUAGCAGAGCAAAGAGACUUAGUAGAGAGGCACCAGCUCACUGGUGCCUUUACCAGUGAAAUCAAAGGUAUGGAUGACCCAGCAGAGGUAGGCCAAGGGAUUGGCAGGUAUGAAUACAUGGAUAUCCGGCACUCUGACUCUUCAGACGGAGGCGACCCAGAAUUGCAAAGAAGUGGGAGUUGUUCAUCUGCAAUAUCUGCAGCAGAGACACGGUACACAGACAAAAUAGUGGCAGUGUCAACAAAAGAGCAAAAAGGACAAGAGACUGAAAAUCACCACAACACAGAUAAACCAACCAGUCUUCAGGGGAUUCUGAGCAGUAUGCCUGAACCAGAUGUGCAGACAUCUGGAGCAGGAAAGGUGGAGGAGUACGAGGAGAUGACUAGAUUAGGAGAAGGGCUUGAUGGGUGGGGGAAUGCAGAAUAUGAGAACCUUCCAGUGAAGGAGUGGGUUCCUCCUGAGGAGGUGGGCAGUGUCAGAUGUGCAGGGAUCGAGAAGUACAUCAAGGUGUGUGCUGGUAUAGGGGAGCCUGGCAGCAGCACAUCAUUUGACAACCCAGACUACUGGCACAGCAGGAUGUUCCUCAAGCCAGAUGCUGUACGCACCUAAUAAGUCUGACAGGGACAGAGAAAAAAAGAAGAAGAAAACAUUCAAGUUUCUGGCAAAUUUUGAAGUUUUGUGACUACUUUUACCUAUU